AUGGGAUCUAGACGGUACGAUUCGAGAACAACGAUUUUUUCCCCUGAGGGUAGACUAUAUCAGGUCGAAUAUGCCCUGGAGUCGAUAUCGCAUGCCGGAACGGCAAUUGGGGUUAUGGCCAAAGACGGCAUUGCAUUGGCUGCGGAGCGCAAAGUAACGAGCAAGCUUCUUGAGCAAGGCAGUUCGACGGAAAAACUGUACAAGCUGAACGAUAAUAUCACGGUGGCGGUCGCAGGGUUGACCGCUGACGCUGAAAUUUUGAUAAAUACAGCCAGGGUGCAUGCCCAAAACUAUCUGAAGACCUACAACGAGGAGAUCCCCGUGGAGAUUCUCGUGAGGCGUUUGAGUGAUGUAAAGCAAGGGUACACCCAACACGGUGGGUUGAGACCGUUUGGUGCGUCUUUCAUAUACGCAGGCUACGAUAACAGGUACGGCUAUCAGCUGUACACAUCCAACCCUUCGGGCAACUACUCGGGCUGGAAAGCUAUCAGUGUAGGCGCCAACACGUCUGCUGCUCAAACGCUGCUGCAAAUGGACUACAAGGAUGAUAUCACCAUGGAGACUGCAAUGGAACUGGCUUUGAAAACGCUUUCGAAAACAACCGAUUCCAGCACUCUGACCGCCGAGAGGGUCGAGUUUGCUACCAUCACCCGAACCGAUGAUGGUAAAAUUGUGCAAAAGAUGUUCAGACCUCAGGAAAUCGAAACGCUGCUAACCAAGACCGGAGCCACGAAGAAAGAAGAAGAAAAGUAA